GCUGUUCCUGUGAUUUUGGUUGUGGGGUUUUCUUUUUUCUUUUGGUUGAAUUAUGGGUGUGGAGAAUUUUAUGGGAUUUUGGAUCUGUGUCUUAAUUCUUCAUUGGAGUGUUUGAAUUUGGUGUUUUGGGUAGAUCUUGUGGUUUUUGUCGAUGGGGUGUUUGUAGAUUUUACUUGAACUGAGUUCAUUUAUGCGUUGCUUGUCAAUUGAGCGGAACUGGUCUUCUAUAGGGUAUUGGAUUUGUUAGUUUUGGGUUGGUUGCAAAUUGGAUUGUGGGAGAAAUAAAAAUGGCGUUUUGUGCUAUUGUAUAUUGAAAAUCAACAGAUCAAUCACAGUAAAGAAAAAGGAUUAGAAGAAACUCUACAGGACAAAUAAUAGAAGAACAUAAAAUUGCAAAUUCAUUGGAUCGGAAGGGAUAUUUAUGAAGGGUUAGCACAAGAAUUUUGUUGUGAAGUAGAAAGCCAAAUCACCAAAUUCUGAAUCCUGAUUAAGUUCCAUGGAAGAAGAGCAUCAAUAUUCUGAAAGUAGUGAAGAACUACAGACCCAGAAAUCGGAUGGAGAAGAUCAACAAUUGCAACAUGAAUACCAACUACCUGGAGCUGAAGAGAAACUAGUAUUGCAAUUUAUGGAUUCAGUGCAUAACUACCUAUCUCUCUUUGAUACAUUAUCCUCCAAACUUCGACAGGGAUGGUUUGACUUAUCAAGUGCUCGACAUUCCAUGGGUGCUGCUCGCAUUAAUAGUUCUCUAUUGGACCUGAAAUUCCAUUCAGCUGCUACAACAUUGAAGAUAACCAACUAUGAUGGUACACAACCAUGCUUCAUGUUGCAUAAAUGGGUAUCCUCUGAAGAAAAGAGUGCUCAUGAGUUACAGGAUGAGAAUGUCCAGCCACAAGAUAGUAGUAGUGUGAACUCUUGCAGACUUGCAGAUAAUGCUGAUUGUUUUUUAUGGAAUCAAAAGGAGCGAUCCAAGUCCUUAUCAGUUUUUGGAGUUUUAAUUUCCCCAAAGCUUCGAGCCUCCCAGUUGUCAUUUGAGAAAGCACUGGAGACGCUCGUAGAAAUAGCUAACAUGCAAUCGUCUUUGUUAUAUUCUUUUCACCAACUUCAGAAGGUGGAACAUACCAAAGAGUGAAAAGUACCAUACCAGCUCCUUCUAGAUGCUGCUGGAAUGCAUCGCAGGUGGAAAUAUUAUUUCAGUAUUGGAAAUGCAGCACUGACUGGUUUUGUUGAAUUCAUUGAUGUGUCAGAAGAUGGUGAAGACUUCCCUGAUUGUGAUGGCAUAUAUUGUGUGGAGAAAGUUGAAAGCCCACAUCGAUGGAGUGGAAUCCCAGAGACACAGUGAGAGGAAUUGAAUUGAGUGUCCACUGUCCCAACCAUGGCCAUGUUGUUACUUUAACUUUUUUCCUUGUCCACAAUUUCAUAUAUUCUCAAUACGUCAUUUACAAACAAAUGCAGGCAUUCCAUUAUAAGCACUAAUGAAACCUAUGUUGAAAACUUCGUGUUUCUACAAAUGUUGUUUACUAUUGCCUUUGAGAUAUUAUAUAAUGGAAUUAAACUCUUUAUAAUAUUCAAGUAUCAGGUCAAUAUUAUGUAACA